AUGGCAGCCCUUGAGACUCUCGCCACAGCUCGAACCCAAGUCUUCACCGAACUGCGAGAAGACCUCGAGCAGAGGGGCAACUCCUCAGCAAACAUAUCUCGCAUUCUCAAUUGUCUCACGGUAUCCACUGAAGGCAGCAAGGCCAACCAUGGCCUCACCCUUAUCAAAGCCGGCUAUAAGCUUCUCCAGCGACCUCCAACGCCCCAAGAGCACGCACACCUCAGCAUCCUCGGCUGA